AUAGGCUAAAACAUAAGCAAAGGAUACAUGUACAUACAGCUGCUGAAGAUUAAUCAGUGAUAUAUAUAUUUCACCUGCCAUUUCCAGUAUAUAGGACAUGAGGCACCAAAUGAGUAUUAAAAAUUAACACAUCAAGAUGAUAACUAAAAUAUUAAAUUGGAAACUUUUUGGAUUUAUAGUCAUUGUAUUACUAUUAUCAUUAAAUGCUUUGAUGCUUUUCCAAAUUACCAGUCAUAUCGAUGUUUCUAGUAAAACGCUAGAAUAUGUAAAGACAGAAAAUAAUGAAACUGUAAAUACUGAGAUAUAUUUAUCAAAUACUACAAGGCGUUACCAGAAACAAGCAGACACAACAAAUAGAAAAUGUAAUUUGAAAUUUCUACAAGAUUUUACAAGGACAGAGGAUGAGUUGUACAGUAAAGGAUCAUGGGAAAAUACCUCCUGGACACCAGAGGGUUGUAGAUUUUCUUCGAAAGACCCAGAUUUAAAAACAUGUUUCCGUGAACAUCAAAUUAGGAAAAUCUUGAUGUUAGGGGAUUCAAACGGGGCCAGAUAUGCUAAUUACACGGCAAAAUAUCUAAGAAGGUUUUUCUCCUGUGAGUUGAUAAAACGAGAAGCCAACAAUAAAUUACCGACUGCUCAAUACUGGAAAGAUGUGAAAAGAAUGUAUAUGAUGGAAAGAGACUGUUAUACAUGUAGUUCAAUGUUAUAUAAAUGUCUCACUCAUUCGUCUGAAAUUGUAAUAUUGGAUUUUGAAUUUAUUGCAAUGGAAUACUACAUGGACACUGAAAUGACAACAUUUAGAAUUGGAUACCCACGCUCUUGCAACUUUAGACAGGUCCCUUAUCUGAAUAAGGGUAUCCUCUGUGGUCAUGCUCUAACGACUCAACAGUUCAUAUUUAAUGAGUAUCUAUACACACAACCACACUACCCCACCGUAAUAAUCAUAAUUGGAAACAGUCACGAGCUGCUAAGAAGGGACAAAACUGAUCUUCAGCGAGAUGUUGAUUGGUUUUUAAAAGUAUUAAAAUCAGCCGUUCACAAAAAUACAAAGAUUUUUUGGUUUGAACCACCUUAUGCUACUGGAAUGGGUUGGCUGGCAAGAUACUUUGAUGAGAACAUUUACAAAUGGUAUGGAAAUUGGGCACGAGAUGUUGUUCUUGAUUAUUUCAAGUCUGACCCAAAGUUGUUCUAUCCCUUCUACAGUGUCUAUGAACUCAGUAAAAGUAGUGGAAGCCUUCUUGAUGGCAUUCAUUAUACAGAAUGCUAUUACACAGCUAUUAUGGAGCUGUUUUUUAAAACAUUAUGUGAACCUUAAUGUUGCUCAUCAGCUUUAACCGAACUAGAAUCAUACCAAGAAAUAAGCAGUAGCAACCUGUAAUGCCACGGUUACAUUUACUCCAAUCUUCAACAAUGAAUCCUGGCCGAUGAGUAUUUUGCAUAAAAACUGAAUGCAAUUUUGAUCAAAAUAUUCAUCACGGCAGCUGGGCGCUUGUACUGAAAAUUGGAUUAAAUGCAGUCAUGGAAUAACUUACAUUAUAGACUUUGGACUUUACAGUCCAAUUAAUUUCUUAGCCUAAUGCCUUGGUCACAUUCGCUCCGAUUUUCACUACAGCGCCCGGCCGAUUGAGUAUUUUGUUCAGAAAUGUGUUCAAUUUUGAACAAAAUUCUCAAUUGACCGGGUGGUGGCCGAUAAAUCGCAGCAAAUGUGACCAAGACAUUACAUCAAGUCUUAGAGCCACUCUAUAUCUCCUCCCGACAUACAGUAAAACCAGUCUAAUCAGAACAACACAGGGAC